AUGUGCGAAUAUAAAACCAACUUUACCCAAGUAGUUCUGAGCCUCUUUCUUUUCGUUCGGAGCGCAAUGAGCGACCCAGAGUUUAUUCAGCUCAGCGAGAGAGACUCUCAGCAGGACCAGCAGCAGCAGCGGGACAGUGAUGAAGAGGAAGCCGCGCUGAACGCGCCCCAGAGCCGCGAACACAAGCGGCUGAUGCGCGAGAGUUCAGCGGUGAUUCUGCUGCUCGGGUUCGGGUUUCUGCUGUGGAUUCUGGUUCUGAUCUCAGUCCAGCAGCUCAUCAUCAGCAGCAGCCCGGGACACUUCAACUCCGUCCGCGCCAGGAAGCAUCUGGAGCGGAUCACCAGCGUCGGGCCGCGGACCGUCGGGAGCCCAGAGAACGAGAUCACCACAGUCAACUACCUGCUGGAUCAGAUCGAGCAGAUCCGGUCCGAGAGUGAAGCCGGACCUCACUCCAUCAUAGUGGACGUCCAGCGGCCCAGCGGCUGCUUCAGCAUCAGCUGCUACGACCGCCUGACCAACAUCGCCGUCAAACUCCAGCCAAAGACCAGCGCUCAGCACUUCAUGCUCGCUAACUGCCACUUUGACUCGGUGGCCAACAGCCCAGGAGCCAGCGAUGACGCCGUAGGUUGUUCAGUGAUGCUGGAGGUUUUACAUUCUUUAGCGAAUCUCUCCACGCCUCUCAAACACGGCGUCAUCUUCCUGUUCAACGGGGCCGAGGAGACCUACCUGCAGGCCAGUCACGGCUUCAUUACCCAGCAUCCCUGGGCUCGGCAGGUGCGAGCGUUUGUGAAUCUGGAGGCGGCAGGAGUGGGGGGGAAAGAGCUGGUGUUUCAGACAGGUCCGAGGAACCCGUGGCUGGUCCAGGCUUACGCCCGAGCCGCCGUUCACCCGUUCGCCACAGUGGUUGGUCAGGAGAUUUUCCAGAGCGGACUCAUUCCUUCAGGCACAGACUUCUACAUCUUCAGUCACUUUGGGAAUAUUCCUGGAAUUGAUCUGGCGUUCAUAGAGAACGGUUUCCUCUAUCACACGAAAUAUGACACUCCAGACCGAAUCCACACCGACUCCAUCCAGAGAGCAGGCGACAACAUCCUGUCUGUCCUCCAGCACCUGGUGAUGUCAGAUGAACUGGCGGAUUCCUCUGAGUAUCGCCAUGGAAACAUGGUGUUCUUCGACCUGCUGGGAUUGAUGAUGCUGGCGUAUCCCGCUCACGUCGGCACCGUCAUCAACUACAUAACGGCCGUCGCCACGGUGAUCUACCUGGGCGGGAAAUGCUUGUUAACCAGCAGUGUGGGGUGUGUUUUGGCGCGUCACAUAAUCUGUGCAGCUGGCCGGUACAUGCGUAAUCUGGUGUGUGCGGUGUUUGUGCUGAUCUUGAGCUGGUUCUUCUCUCUGCUGAUGGUUCUGCUCGUGGCUUGGCUCGUCACGCUGAUGGGCCGCUCCAUGUUCUGGUACAGUAACUUAUACGCCGCCGUCUAUCUGUACGGACCUGCCGCCGUCUGCGUUCUCCUGCUGAUCCACACGCUAGUGAAGAACCGCUGCUACAGGAGCAUGAGUCGUGUGGAUCUGGCCGAGCUCUUCUUUGACGGCAGUCUGCUGUUGUGGUGUUUUGUGCUGCUCUUCUUCACUCACCGCGGCUGGUGUUCAGCAUAUGUGCCCAUGAUGAUGGUCCUGUUCCCGCUCAUCAGCAAACUGCUGCUCACAAAGCUCUUCAGAGCCAGAGGAGCGUCUCUGCUGUACUCCGUCCUGUACCUGACGGGUCUUGCUGUGCCAUAUGUCUACAUCCUGUUCCUCAUCCAUUUGGUUUUUGAGGUCUUUACACCUAUUAUGGGCCGCAGCAAAGAGGAAAUCCCACCAGACAUCAUCCUGGCGUCACUAGUUACCGUGGCGACCGUAAUUCUGUCUUCCUAUUUUAUUCAUUUCAUCUAUCUGUCCCACAGUACGAAGCGGGUCUUAGCUGUUCUGGGGUCAGUGUUCACGCUGAUGUUUGUUCUGGUCAGCUGUGGUCUGUUCUUCCCGUAUUCUGCCGACCCGUCCAGCCCACGACCCAAGCGCGUCUUUAUCCAGCACAUCACUCGCAGCUUCCACACACUGAACGGCUCGCUGCAGAGCUCCGACUCAGGCUUAUGUAUCAACGAUAUGGAUUACACCGGCAUGCAGCACAUCACACCACACAUCCCACAGAUCAACGACAGCAUCGGCACACACUGUCAGGACUGGCUGCCCUACUACGGCUUCACAAGGAAGAGCUGGUAUCUUCCGGCUCCUGAAGUCUCUCCUAAAGCUGCGCUGGAGUUCCAGCUCUUAUCCAGACAGGAGACUCAAUGGGGAACCGUUAAAAUGACCUUUGAGGUCAAAGGUCCGAGUCACAUGUCUCUGUCCCUGAGUCCUCGUGCCGAAGCGUCUCUGAGCGGCUGGUCGUUCGGCAGCGGGAUGCUGCGCCACAGCGGAGAGAGUUUCAUAUUUUACUCUCACGGUCUCGACGCUCCGGCCUGGACCUUCUGGAUUGAGAUCUCGCCGCUCAAGUCCUCAGACACGUCUCCUGACGAGGGCUUGAUCUCUCUGGCCAUCUCCGCUCAUUAUUUCUCUGGUUCAGACGGACGCUCAGAGCCGCUCGAGUCCUUCCUGAAGAGAUUCCCGGACUGGGUGUUCUCAUCCUCCUGGAUCAGCACAUACCACGUGUACAGAUACUGAGACACACACACACACACACACA